UGUGAUGCUUUGAAAUUUCAUUUAUGUGUUGUUCUUCAUGGUCUGAUAUGUUUACUAUGCACAUUAAUGUUGUUUCUGUUUGAGCAACCAUAGAUUUCUUUACUGUGCGUGUGUUUAUUGUAAUCGUAAUGAGUGCCCUGUUAGCAUGUCAUGUAGGAUUACGUUUAUUUCUACUUGUGCAGUCAAAAUCAAAAUUUUGAGUUUCCUUUUGUGUGUUUGUAUGCUGCGAAAGAAAGUUGGGUUACUUUGAAUGUAGAAAUAGAUUAUGUUCUGUUUGUUUUUUUCCUUUUUUUUUUAGCUUCCAAACAGCAUGAUGACAUUGAAGUGUUGCUUGAUAAUUCAAAUAUUAUAUCAUGGCUGAAACUGAGUUUCCUGAACAGUUGAAAAUUAAUGGGUUUCAAUUAGUUUUCAUUACGCAUUAAUGGGAACAUUCUCAUUCAAAUACAUGCAUGGUUAAUGUUUGUUGCUAACCACACAACUUUUAUAAAUGCUGAACAUUGAGUGUUUUAUUAUUGUUUUAGUCCACGAUUUAUGUAUGUCCCACAAUGUAAUUGAUAUCAUUGAUUGAUUUCAAACUUUUGUUAAAUGUUUUAAAAGAUAUCAUGGAAGGUCUUGAAUCUUUUGAUAAGGCUGCUUGGACAAAGGAAAUGUUGCAUAUAUUUUGUGAUAUAUGCAUUAAGGCAAUUGAUAUGGGAAUGAGACCUAAUACUCAUUUCGAUAAAACGGGGUGGAAAUUUCUCAUAACAUCAUUCAAAGAACAAACUGGUCAUGCAUUCACCAAAACACAAUUGAAAAACAAAUGGGAUGGAUGCAAAAAGGAUUGGAGGAUAUGGAAUAAGCUGGUUUCUGAAACUGGUGUUGGCUGGAAUAGUGAAUUAGGCACAAUUUCAGCUAGCGAUGAGUGGUGGAAACAAAAAAUUCAGGAAAUUAGAGGAGCCAAAAAAUUCAAACAUGUCGGUAUUGAGCAGUCUUUGAAGAAUAAAUUUGACCGAAUGUAUUCCAACAUUGUCGCAACUGGAGCGUAUGCAUGGGCUCCUUCAUCAGGUGUACCUGCUGACAGUGAUGUUGAUCCUGGUACAAGCAAUGCCGAUAUUGCUCAUGAUGGUUUGGAAGAGGGCAGCGGUGAUUCGGAGGAAGAUGUGAUUCCAGAUUUCCAAACUGACAUGGCUCGAAUGGUUGGAGGGAUAAAUAUGUCUAGCAGCAGCAACACAAAAAGCGGUGACAAAAGAAAAGAACGAGAUCAUUAUGAUGUGCGAGGUAGAAAGAAGAAAGCAUCUGGAAUUCAGCUGCUGUCAAGGUGCAAUCAACUACUUGAGAGUAUAUCGACUAAGAGUGAUUCCACGUCUGUUAAUUUGGAUCGCGAAGGCUGUAGUAUUCGCGAGGUGAUGGCCGAGCUGCACUCAAUUCCUGGAGUUUCAAUUGAAGAUGAGUUCCACGACUUUGCUACAGAGUAUUUGAGUUUAAGAAGGAAAAGAGAAAUGUGGGCUAGUAUGGGUGAUAAGGAGCAGAAGUUGAGAUGGCUGCAACGAAUGUAUGCACGCACUAAACGUGCUUAGCUGACAUGAAUAAUGGGAUGCCGGUUUUAAAAAUGAGUUUUUUCCAAUUGCCGAAGUUUAUCCGAGUCAUUGUAUUCUUCCACAUUUCGUGUUGAGAUAUAUGGGCAUUUCCAUUUGCGGUAAUUUGUUUAUUGUUGUAUUUAUAUUAAACUACUUUUCGGGAGCUAAUAUACUUGUAUGAGGAUAUUGUUAGUUUUUAAUGUUGUAUUUUAUCAAUGAAUUAAAACUGUCA